GAGCUUCCGCUGGGGCAGGAAGGCGGGCCGGAUAUCCGCCGGCACGGGCGGAUGUUGACAUUGUGAGCGGACCCCGCUAAGGUAAGUCGAGAGGGGAGAAGGGGGCGCCUUCCGUUGAGCCCGGCAGGGGAGGCGGGCGAAGGUUUCCUAUCCCGCCCCCCUGGCCUUCUUCAGUGGCUCCUUCCUCCUCCUGCAGAAUAAGGUGACUGAAUGGGCUGCACCACUGCAGGCUGGGGAGGGUCUCUUUUUGGGGGGGUUGUCACCUUUUAGGAAGCUCCCCCCCAGUUAAAAAGGAAAGCGGCUAGAGAAACCCAGCCAGAUGGGCGGGGUAUAAAUAAUAAAGUAUUAUUAUUAUUAUUAUUAUUAUUAUUAUUAUUACCCUGCAAGGGUAAUAAUAAUAAUAAUAAUAAUUAUCAUUAUCUUGCAAGGGUUAUAAUAAUAUUAUUAGUAGUAGUACCCUGCUCUUGUAGCCUCCCAAAUAGAUUACAGCAAUCUACUCUUUGGGGGCCUAAAGCAGGCAUAGGCAAACUCGGCCCUCCAGAUAUUUUUGAGACUACAAUUCCCAUCAUCCCUGACCACUGGUCCUGUUAGCUAGGGAUGAUGGGAGUUGUAGUCCCAAAGCAGCUGACGGGCCGAGUUUGCCUAUGCCUGGGCUAGCCUAUCAGGGAGAAACCGUCAUUUCAUAUACUGCAUAAUAAUUUAUAAUAAUAAUAAUUUAUGAUUUAUACCCCGCCCAUCUGGCUGGGUUUCCCAGCCGCUCUGGGCGGCUUCCAACAAAACACUAAAAUAUAAUAACCUAUUAAACAUUAAAAGCUUCCCUAAGCAGGGCUGCCUUCAGAUGUCUUCUUAAAGUCUGGUAGUUGUUCUCUUUGACAUCUGGUGGGAAGGCAUUCCACAGGGCAGCCUUCAAAACUGUGAUUUCCCCUCACUGGCUGCAGCACAACCCAUCCCACCCCUUGAAGAAAUCUACCUCCUUAUGUUGCUGCAAAGGGGUCUGAGCUCAGUGGUCCAGCACCUGCUUUGGCAGAUGCUUAUUCAGUCCCUAGCAUCUCCAGAUACCUCCAGAUUCCUGUCUGAAAAGCCCAGAAAGAUCCCACAAGCCAGUGCUGGAGAUUAUAAUGAGUCAUUCUACUGGUCUGGCACUUAUAUAAGGCAAAUUCCUAUGUGUCCAUGUUGUUAUGACUGGACCAUUGAGUACAGAUGCAAAGUGGUCAUGAGGCAGGGCCAUGUGUCCAGCCCAGAUCCCUGACCAGGUGCAGAGGAGCUUUAAAAAGCUCUGAGCAGUUGGAAGACUGGGCUGGGGAGCCUUCCUGUCUACCUGUGCCUUUAAAUGUCAAACGCUUUGCAGCCGCUUAAGCUGUGAUUUUGAUCAUCUUCUGUUUUGUCUAGCAAGAAAUCCUUUUAAACUGCCUUUAAACAGCCUUCAGCAUUUCAGGCUCCAGGUACUGUCAUCUAGCAGCUAAGCCUUGGGAUGUCCAAAUGACUAGGAAAAGUAGCCAAGAGCCAAUUCUUCUUUUCCGGCUGCCUGCUCCUCCUCCUGCUUCCCUGGCCAAGACCUUCAGGGCUGGCUUUUCCCAGAGAGCUUUUAAAGACAUCCUUGAGAUGUUGAGCUUGGCUGUGGGUGAGACUACAAGGCCAUGGAGCUUGUUUUUCCUGCUCUGGUUGGCUAAGACCUUUAUUUGCACUCAACAUUGAGGUCAUCUUCACAGAGUGAGCUUGGAGAGGAACGGGUGGCUCUCUUGCAGUUUUUCAGGACACUUCCAGAUUGUCAGUAUGUUACGGGACAGACUUGAGUGCAUACCAGGAAGUUUGGAUUUGUGCAAUUAAAUUGGAUUAAAGCACUCUGUUGCCAGUCUAGAGCAACAAAUCAAGUUGGUUUUUUGUGCGGAGGAAAAUGACAGAGGAAUGCACCGAAAAGUGAGGAAUGAGUGAAUGGUUAAUGGAAAGAUGUGUACACACUCCACAAGCAAAUUGGGAUGAAUGCUCAAGAAAUGGGUUAUUUGAAGGAGAUCUUAGUUUGUGAAAAGGCGUCUCUCCCUUGGGGGCUUCCCUUUGAGGUAUCUGGUUUCUCACUUUGAGAACAGGAUUCUGGACAAGGUGGUGCCCCUUGGACCUCAUCCAGCAGCAAGUUUAUGAGCAGAGAUAAGUUCAUGUUAGUCCAUAGUAAGAUUUGACGUUAAGAUCUUAGUUUCAGUCAUUGAGCAUAAAUUCAUAAACUCUUAUUUUUAAUACUGUAACGAAUUAUUGUGUUAUACAUACCCUUAUGAGUUUGCGUUUCUAAUCUCUGUUUGAGUUUGUAAUCUCCAUUUGAGUUUGUACUCCUUGUCAGAAUACAUACUUUUGAAUGGAUUAGUUUUUUCAAUUGACUAUUGAUUUGCGAGAAAGGACCACUCCCACUUUUGAAACUUAUAUUGGCCAGAGUUCUUGGUGUGCUCUUUUCUCUUGGUAUAUUUAAUAACAAGAACUCCAACUUAUUUAACCCUAGGAGCCAGCCAUUUUCAGAGACUGGCAGAAGUGUCUCUUGACCCUCGCUGACUCCUCUUGCCCCCGGGCAAAGGAAACAGCUCUGAGCGUGGCUUUUUCUCCAUCCUGUUUUGGCUACGCACAAUUUUGAAAGCUUUUCUUCCUCUUUGUGCCCUUCUUGAAGGAGACUAUCCUGUUACAGGCAUGGCAGAUGACAAUGAAGAGUUGCCGGUGGAUGAGGAUCUGCCGGAGGAUGAAGAUUUGCCGGCAGAUGAAGAGAUCCCCGGGCCAGCAGAGGACAGCUUGGAGCAUCUAGAGAAUGGCAGUCCUGCCGAACGGAGCGGCCACGUGGCUGUCAGCGACGGGCAGUGCAUGUUCGUUUGGGGCGGGUAUAAGGUGAGCAGCAAAAAAAGAGUCUUUAUUUGGCAAAGGCAGGACAAGAAGUGGUGGAGCCCUUGCUCCCUCCAUCACAGAGGGCUGGAGAAGAUGCACCCAGUUUAAAAUGUGUGUGUGUGUGUGAGAGAGAGAGAGAGAGAGAGCGCAACAGGUUGCUGCUAACCAUGUUGUAAUAAUAAUAAUAAUAAUAAUAUAAUAAUAAUGUAUUUAUAUCCCACCCUCCCCAGCCGAAGCCGGGCUCAGGGCGGCUAACAACAAUAAAAUAGUACAACAUUCUAAAAUCAUUUCAUUAUAAAAUUAAUUCAACUCAAAUUGAUGGCAACCAUUAGGCUAAAGUUCUGUGAAGAUUGCCAAAGGAGGGAGUCAGGCUGUGCCCUGACCAAAGGCCUGGUGGAACAGCUCUGUCUUGCAGGCCCUGCGGAAAGAUAUCAGGUCCCGCAGGGCCCUAGUCUCUUGUGACAGAGUGUUCCACCAGAUUGGAGCCACAGCCAAAAAAGCCCUGGCUCUGGUUGAGGCCAGUCUAACCAUUCUGUGGCCUGGGACCUUCAAGAUGUUUUUAUUUGAAGACCGUAAGUUCCUCCGUGGGACAUACCAGGAGAGGCGGUCCCAUAAGUAUGAGGGUCCUAGGCUGCAUAGGGCUUUAAAGGUUAAAACCAGCACUUUGAACCUGAUCCUGUACUCCACCGGGAGCCAGUGCAGCUGGUAUAGCACCGGGUGAAUGUGAUCUCGCAGCGAAGACCCCAUAAGGAGUCUCACCGCGGCAUUCUGCACCCGCUGGAGUUUCUGGGUCAGUCUCAAGGGCAGCCCCACGUAGAGCGAGUCACAAUAAUCCAGUCUGGAGGUGACCGUUGCGUGGAUCAUAAUAAUUUAAUUGAUGUGUUGCCUUAUAUUUGAAGGUCUCAAGGGACGUUGUGGGAUGUGCUGCCAUUAUUAUUACUUUAUUUGUGCAUUGUCUUAUGCCCCAAAGCUCUCAAGGGAUGUAUUAAGUACAGUCAAACCUCAUGUUACGUUUGCUUUAGGUUGAGCGUUUUAAGGUUGCGUCCUGCAGCGACCCGGAAGUACCGGAAAGGGUUACUUCUGGGUUUCGCUGCUCGCGCAUGCGCAGACGCGCAAAAGGAUGUUAUGCGCAGAAGUGGCGAAUCGCGACCCGCAGACACGGGUUGCGUUCCUUUCAGGUUGCGAACGGGCCUCCAGAACGGAUCGCAUUCGCAACCAGAGGUAUCACUGUACAGGAUGAGGAUGCUGCGGAUGAUAGUGACAUGGUGGACUUGAUUUAAAUCAAAUUGAUUUAAAUCACUAGUCAGUAAGACUUGAUUUAAAUCAAUAGUCAGUAAGACUUGAUUUACAUUAUUUUUUUUACAGAAAGGCUCAUUCUUGCUGGUAUAAUCUUAAUAUUGCCAACCAAAGGUUUCAUUUUUGGAAUAAUAAAUUUUCAGAGUAGUUUUUACAGUUAUAUCAAAAAAUACUGAUUUGAUUAUACUAUUAGAAAUACAUUGACAGAUAAUUAUGAAAUUAUUGUGAGAUUUAAUGUUAACUUUAUAUUUGGACAACUUUUCUGCUGUACUUGGAAGGAGAAAAAUAAUUGUUUCCUUAAUAACAAUUUAAACAAUUCAUUUAAUUAGAACAAUAACAUUAUAGCAUAUGUAUCCAUGUUUGUUAACUGAUGUGGUUAAACGAUUUUAAAAACACCUUUGAGUUUUAGCAUACAUGAAAAACUUAAAUCAAAUCCUUAUUUCCUGAUGAAUAGUCUCUGUACUAUAAUUUAAAUAGAAAACUCUCUUUAGAAAGAUUUUUCCUCCAAAAGCAUUUUAUUUUAAAAAUCCAAUUUAAAUAAAAAAAAUCUGAUUUAAAUUUUAAAAAAAUCGAUUUUUUUUAAAUAUAUAUUUUUUAGAACAUUGAUUUUUAUCCACCCUGAAUAGUGAUAAUUUAUUUGUACCCCACCCAUCUGACCUCUUCUGCUGUUUACCUUCCUUGGAGGCUUUCAAGCAGAGGUUGGGUGGACAUCUGUCCUGGAUGCUUUAGCUGAGAUUCCUGCAUUGCAGGGGGUUGGACUAGAUGACCCUUGGGGUCCCUUCCAACUCUGUGAUUCUAUGACAUGGGGCUGGGGUUGGUCCUGGCGUAGUCAGGAUCCUCUGUCUCUAGAAAAAUGCUCCCUGUGGAUUCAUCAGAAUGUCAGAUCGAAAAAACAGACUAUAAAUGAAAUAAAUAAAUGGGGCUCACAGUCUUGCCCUGGAAUAUCCCACAUUUUUAUACCCAAGUUGGCCAUGAUUCUCAGAAUAUAGAUAUUUGGGUGGAAAUGGAGGGUGGGGUGUUCUUUAGACUAUUGGCAUAAAGAGAGGAGCAGAUGGUGCUUUUUAAUUCAUCGUUCCGUUUAAUAAUGGGGGUGCUUCCCCUCUUUCCUGCUUUCCUGCUUCAGAAUGCUCAAGUGAGAGGAUUCUACGACUUUUACCUGCCCCGAGAUGAAAUCUGGAUAUACAACAUGGAAACUGGAAGAUGGUAAAUUAUAUCUUGACUGCCUCCUAUCUCCCCACCAACACCAAAAAAUACCUCCAACCGUGAUAAUGUUUUGUUAGAGCAGUAGAAAACAAGAAUAAGAAUAAUCAUCAUAAUAAAAUAAAAAAAUAAUUUAUUUAUUAUUUACACCCCGCCCAUCUGACUGGGUUUCCCCAACCACUCUGGGUAGCUUCCAGCAGAAUAUUAAAAUACAAUAGUCUAUUAAACAUUAAAAGCUUCCCUAAACAGGGCUGCCUUCAGAUGUCUUCUAAAAGUCUGGUAGUUGUUUAUUUCCUUGACAUCUGAUGGGAGGGUGUUCCACAGGGAGGGCGCCACCACCGAGAAGGCCCUUUGCCUGGUUCCCUGUAACUUGGCUUCUCGCAGCGAGGGAACUGCCAGAAGGCCCUCGGAGCUGGACCUCAGUGUCCGGGCAGAACGAUGGGGGUGGAGACGCUCCUUCAGGUAUCCUGGGCCGAGGCCGUUUAGGGCUUUAAAGGUCAGCACCAACACUUCAAGUUGUGCUCAGAAACAUACAGUCGUACCUUGGAAGUCAAACAGAAUCCAUUCUGGAAGUCUGUUCAACUUCCAAAAGGUUCAGAAACCAAAGCGCAGCUUCUGAUUUCCUGGCUUCUGAUUUCCUGCAGCCAAUCGGAAGUUGUGGAAGCUCUGUCGGACGUUCGGGUUCCAAAGAACGUUCACAAACCGGAACACUCACUUCCGGGUUUGGGAGCCAAAACGUUCGACUUGCGACUGUACUUCCAUGUCCUCCAGUUUUUUGUUCGUUUGUUUUAUUUUUCAACCCACCCUUUCUAGAUGGCUCAAGGCAGGUAAGACAAAAUGUGCAUUGAAAGAAGAAAAUCAGAGGCCCUUUGGUUAGUGAGUCUUCUGAUCCACUUUGCGGAAAGCAAGACGGGGAGAGUUGCCUUCCUCUGUUGGAUUUCUUGGAAUUCACAGAAGUUUUCAGUACCAUCAUCCCAUAUGGAUCCUCCUAGUCAGGUUGUCUUUAGUUGAGUGCUGGAGGUACUGCCUAGAGAUGGUUCCUCUCCUUCCCAGAUGCCUGAUUCCAGAAGGUGGUGCCAGUGUUUUUCCACUGGGUUUUAUGCUUGGGGAUCCCACUGUUUUAUAACACGUGCAUGAAUCCAUUGAGAACGUUCACAUGGUGCUUUGGAUUGAAGUGCCAUCAGUUUGGGGAGGUGAUGGGAGCUCUGAAUCGGCUUGUAAGUACCACACUAAGUGAUAACAAAAGCUAUAAACGACAGAUAAGCAUGAGAAAGGAACGCUUCCUUGUUAAACCCAAAGGUCUUUCUGCCCCUUUCUUGCCAGGACAAAGCACAGAACGGCUGGAGAUGUUCCCCCUUCCAUGUCAGGGAGCUGUGCCGUCUGUAUGGACAGAGUCUUGUACCUGUUUGGAGGGCACCACGCACGCGGCAACACAAACAAGGUCAGUCCUCGAAUUUCCCAGGGUGGGGUGGGGCUCGCCCCCUUUUUUUGCCUUUAUUUUGGAGCCAGAAAACUACAGUAUCCAAAACCCCAACACUAUCUAACAUCAGAUCCAUCCCAUGUUGCCUGACAGGCCAAAUUAAGAUCUUAAAGGUAAAGGACCACUGGAUAGUGAAGUCCAGUCAAAGGCGACUAUGGGGUUGUGGCGCUCAUCUUGCUUUCAGGCCAGGGGAGCCAGCGUUUGUCCACAGACAGUUUUCCAGGUCAUGUGGCCAGCAGGACUAAACCGCUUCUGGUGCAACGGGACACCGUGACAGAAGCCAGAGCGUACGGAAACACCAUUUACCUUCCCGCCGCAGCAGUACCUAUUUAUCUACUUGCACUGGUGUGCUUUCGAACUGCUAGGUUGGCAGGAGCUGGGAAAGAGCAACGGGAGAUCAUGCCGUCGUGGGGAUUUGAACUGCUGACCUUCCGAUCGGCAAGUCCUAGGCUCUGUGGUUUAACCCACAGCGCCACCCGCGUCCCUAAGAUCUUUAAAUCGACACAGAGCAAUCCAAAUAAUCAGGACUCCUUUGGGCCAAUGAGCUGCACGUUUAUAAUCUAUUCCUUCAUUUUCUUGCAGUUCUACAUGCUUAAUUCCAGGUCGAGCGACAAAGUGUUGCAGUGGGUCAGGGUGGAGUGCCAAGGCACCCCUCCGUCAUCAAAAGACAAACUCGGCGUUUGGGUUUAUAGAAACAAGUAAGUUUGUCGGCAUGAACCAGAGCCUGGCUGUUCCGGGGUCCCAUCUCUUUCCUGGAAAUGAUUGUGUGCUCUGCAGCCUCAUUUGACUCAAAAAAAUAGUGGGUUUCCAUGUUGCCUGUUCUCCAAAGUGUCUCUGUUACCCAUUCAUUACUGUAAUAGCACUCUUUGUAUUUAAUUUGUAAUGUAAUUUGGCCUAAUUGGAUUAUGUUGGUUUCGUGUAAGCAACCUAUAGCUUUUAUAUAAAAAUAGGCAGCAUAUGAAUGUAAUAAGUGCACUUACUUGAUGUUCCAUGACGUCCUAAAUAUUAGAAGAAACUUGCAGCCAAAUAGCAUACAGGUUUGUGACCAUGCAGAGUUAAUGGUAAUUUUCAGAGUAGAGUUAGCAACAGCAAGAGGGGGCGAGGAAACAAGCUAAGAAACUUUUCCGGCUAAAAUAGCAACACAACCGGAUGCCUCUUCCCACCCCCUGAAAAAUAAUGUUUUGUUGGCUUUAUGUUUUUUUUCCUGAAAUAGCAACAGCAAAGCACCUCAGAGCUAAUGCUGCCGAUGUCCUGCUCUUGUCCUUUGGCACUUCUAACUGCCUUUGCGAAUGAUUCUUUGCGAAUUUUAGCUGCAGUAUGUAAAGGGAGGAGAAGCAGGUCAUGGGCGCUCAGUUUCAUUUAAAUAAAUCAACCUUUGCCCACCUGGUGCCCUUCAGACAUGCUGGCUCAGCUUAUGAAAGGCUAAAAUAAAUAAUGGAAUCUUUUCUCAGAUAUUCUGGCUUCUACUCUUUAAGUGGUGCUUUCUCGUAAGUGGAAAUCCAUUACCGCAUAUUACCUGGUCACUCUGAUGAUAGUUUAUUCUUUUGUUUUUCUGCCUUCCCUUCCUUCUUUUUGAACAGGCUUAUAUUUUUUGGUGGCUACGGGUAUUACCCUGAAGGGGAGCAGAUUGGAAGGUUUGAGUUUGAUGAAACCUCUUUUUGGGUAAGUCUUCUGCUUUUUGUGCACUGGAACCUCCUCUAGUGGCUCAUUUACUGAUUUAUGCUCUUGUAGCCUCCCAAAUAGAUUACAGCAAUCUACUCUUUGGGGGCCUAAAGCAGGCAUAGGCAACCUCGGCCCUCCAGAUGUUUUGGAACUACAAUUUCCAUCAUCCCUGACCACUGGUCCUGUUAGCUAGGGAUCAUGGGAGUUGUAGUCCCAAAAGAUCUGGAGGGUUGAGUUUGCCUAUGCCUGCCCUAAAGACAUUCUGGAAGCUGCAGAUUGCUCAGGAUGCUGCUGCUGCUUGGCUGUUGGCUGGAGCAGCAAGGAGGGGUUGUAUCGGCCCCAUCUUGAAAGCUCUGCAGUGGCUGCAUGUGAUCAAAACCCCUAAGUGAAUUAGGACCCAAAGAAACACUCUCUCUCCCCGCCCCCUGCCAUCCAACCUUUGCAUUAUGAUCCACAGAGAAUGCCCUGCUUAUAGUCACAUCUGUUGGACAGUGACACAAGACAGGGCCUUCUCGGUGGUGGCAUCUCACCUGUGAUUUCUAUGGAACCCCCUCCCAGGUGACAUCCGCUUGGCCCCCUCGGUACAAACAUUCAAGCAAAAGCUAAAGGCAUGCCCAGGCCUUUGGAUCCAUAAGUGGAAUUUAUUCUAGAUAUUUGCCACUGCUUUUUUGAUUCUGAUUGUGGGGUUUUUAUUUUAUUGGGUUUAUCAUUCUGUUGUUGCUGUUUUUAUCUUGUUUCUUGUUGUGAGCUGCACUAUGCUUCCUGAUUGAGGAAGGGUGAGGAAGCGUUAAAUAAAUGAUACCAAAAAUGCAGGGAGAUGGCACAUGAGGCCCCCAGAACAACUGUGGCUUUCAGCUCCACCGCCUUGAAUACCUGCCCGUAUUUACCUGCUCUGUGGUCCUGCUCCUCUUGGGUGGUAGAUGCUGAAACUCAAACCUGUUCUAGAAGCCUCUUGCACACAUCACAGGAGGAACAGUGGCCGCAGGUAGUCAGCGCUCCGUUCCACAAAUUUUUCUGUCCUAGUUUGCAAAUGUCGAAACUGCUGCACGGAAUGAGAUUUUAUCCAUUGUCCCUGUUCUUGUCUAAAAGAAUUCAGGUGUUCCCCGUGGGUGGAAUGAUCACGUUCACGUCCUGGACACAGACACCUUUACGUGGAGCCAGCCUGUAACCAAGGUAAAGUAGUGGACUUCCAAAAUACGGCAAUCGUACGUUUAUAAAAAAUUAUGAUCCGGUAGGACCACCCAUAUUGAUUAAUAUCCGCUGAUUCAUUUCCACUGCCCGUCAGAUCCUAACAAAUAUCAUCAUCAUCAUCAAUCUUUAUUACGGUCCAGAGACCCAACAAAUCAUUACAAAGCAAUACACAAUUCAUACAGCCUACCUCCAGGUUAAACAAGCAUUUUGUUCAGAAUAUAGGGAUUAUUUGUUCUUGCAACCACCGAUAAAAACUUUGCCACUGCUAAUGUUCUAGCGUUUGUCCGGUCUUCCAAUAGGAACCUGACAUAGUGAGCCUCUGAUUUUCCUGGGAAAGGUACCAGCAAGGGUAGUAUCAGUUCAGCCCUGGCUUGCUCUUAUUUUGCACAGUGCAACAAAAUAUGUUUUAUGGAAUUGAUGUCUUGAGCACAUGAGCAAAGUCUGUCCUGGUAGGGAACUCCUCUCAACCUGCCAGCCAACACUGCAGAGGGAAAGACAUUUAGUCUGGCUUUGGUGAAAAGCCUUCGAUAGUUUGGUACUGUCAGGUUUUUGAUGUAAGAUGUUAACUUAAAGACAUGCCCAUAUUGUACUCCUACUGCCAGCGGACACGAAUAUAACCAGCAGCAGCAAGUUCCUGAAAAGUGGUCAGUGGCAGGAGACGGGAAGGAGAUUUCGUAGAGCCCAAAGCAGGUAGUCUCUCACCUGUCCCCUCUUCUUCCCCCCGCAGGGUAAAUCGCCGUCGCCCCGAGCAGCCCACGCUUGUGCCACGGUUGGAAACAGAGGAUACGUCUUUGGAGGAAGAUACCGAGUGAGUGCGAGAGCAGAGUGGGGACGCUGCUGCUGCCUUUCUGGGGUUCAGGUUUCACUAAACCCGUCCCUCUCUCCCUCUUUCCCUCAGGAGUCCAGGAUGAACGAUCUCUAUUCCCUCAAUCUGGACAAGUGGGAGUGGCAUGAAAUGUACGUAGGCUUCUGUCUCCCCUUGUCGGCGCAGGGAAGCUGAUCCCGAGUAGGUGCUCUCCAAAUCUUUUGGACUACAACUCCCAUCAGUCCCAGCGAGCACUUUUGGGAGCCGGUGGGAAUUGCAUCUGGAGAGCACCGGGUCUCGUUUGCUAUUCUUACUUCAUUUAUUGCGAUUUAUCCCCUGCCCUUCAUCCUAAGGUCCCAGGGCAGGUUACAACAACUCACACAGUUCUAAAACAGUUCUGUACAAUUUAAAAUGACUGAAAUAAGGUGAGGCCUAAACUUGCUUAUUAUUGAUUUGUUUAGAGAAGGAUUUCUAUCCCGCUAUGUCGUCAAAAAUAUACAGGUGAAACUCGAAAAAUUAGAAUAUCGUGGAAAAGUUCCUUUCUUUCACUAAUUCAACUUAAAAGGUGAAACUAAUAUAUGAGAUUGACUCGUGACAUUCAAAGCAAGAUAUGUCAAGCAUUGAUUUGUUAUCAUUGCUAUGAUCAUGGCGUACAGCUGAUAAAAACCCCAAAUGAACAAUCUCAGAAAAUUAGAAUAUUCAAGGAAAUCAGCAAAACAAGGAUUGCAAAUGGAGCAAGAUUGGACCUCUGAGAAGUAGAAGCCGAUCUCGCUUUGCAUGUCAUGAGUUGAUCUCAUAUAUUAGUUUCACCUUUUAAGUUGAAUUACUGAAAUAAAGGAACUUUUCCAUGAUAGUCUAAUUUUUCGAGUUUCACCUGUACCUAAGUGGUUUGCAGCACUCCCCUAUUCCCAUUUUUGGUUGGCCAGGAAAACUUGAAGCAUGGGUUGCAAGACCACCCUGUGUGGUUUGAGCAGCCGGCCAAAUCUUCUCCCAAAGCCUGACUUCAUGGCCGGAGCAGCGAAUCACCUGCAUCGAUGUCUCCAGAGUUUCCACAAUCUCCCACCCCGGUCAAGAACAGCUUGCUUAUAGUAAGAUCAGACACUCCAUUCCUGGCUGCCGUUUUGACAAUCUCUUGUCAAUCCCUUGUGUUUCCCCAACACAGAAUCACGCAAGGCAUCUGCCCCGUCGGCCGGUCUUGGCAUUCUCUAACCCCCGUUUCGUCUGACCAUCUCUUCCUCUUUGGCGGGUUCACCACCGACAAGCAGCCUCUCAGUAAGUAAAUCCCAGGAGAGCUAAAAAAUAGCCUUCGGUUUAGAUAGAAGAGCCUUUUCUGCAGAGCUGGUUGGCGCUGGGUUUAUUUUAGCCUUCCUGUGAUGAUCCCAGAAGGUCCUUGCAAUGGCUGCAGUUCAGGACCCUGCCAGCGCGUCAGUGGCACCUGGGGACUGGCGCUGCUGCUGUUUGUUCCCCACCCCUCUCAAAAACACUGGCUAGAUUUAAAGCGGCUAAAAGGGUCACAAAACACAACAGGCUGGUGGGCUGAUUGAUACGGAUCUCAAAUAAUACAUAUCAGGGGUGGGCACAUUGUAGGAUGGGACCGUCAAAGUGCAAGUAGAUAAAUAGGUACCACUCUGGCGGGAAGGUAAAUGGCGUUUCUGUGCGCUGCUCUGGUUCGCCAGGAGCGGCUUAGUCCUGCUGGCCACAUGACCUGGAAGCUGUACGCCUGCUCCCUCGGCCAAUAAAGCGAGAUGAGCGCUGCAACCCCAGAGUCGGCCACGACUGGACCUAUUGGUCAGGGGUCCCUUUACACUUUACCUUUUGUUAAGUCCUGGCCAGCUUCAGAGGUCUGUGUUGGAAUCCACACUUCUUUCUUAACAUAUUUUAUUUUAUCAGAUUUCUUACCUGCCCUUAACCACAAGGACUUGGGGUGGCACUUGGAUAUGAUGUAUAUUGGCUUGUGGCCUUCAGUUGGCAACAACCUCCACCUCCUGAGCCGCGCUCUGGCUUCAGCUGGUGAGCCUUGAACUUCUAGCAAGAAAACCAAAGUAGAUCCGAUAACUCUGAAGUCUUUCCUCCUCCCCUCUCGCCCUCCCACCCCCACCUAGUACAUCUGGUUUAAAUUUGGCAUCCUGAGAAUCUUGGCUAUCACUUCAUUUUUUAAAAAAACAAACCCUCAUGUUUGUAAAGAAAAAUUGGAAACAUCUCCGUCCCUUCCCACCAUCACCACCAGUGUUCCACGUGGACGUGUUUCAUUGCACCAAAAAAAAGUACAAUGAAUUAUUGGAGUUAAAUGAUUGUAUGCAAAAACAAUUAAUUUAACCACAGUUUAGGGGUUGGGGUGUGUCCUGAUCCUCAUGUUUCCUAUUUGCCUCUUGAGCCACUCGCGGUAGUUGUGGGAAAUGACAGCUUCAAGUGACCACCUUGUGAGUUCAAAUUCUGGAUCAAGUUGUGGCCAAGGACAGCUUCUUUUGCUAACACUCAGAACUCGCUCCCAACAAAAACCUCCCUUCUGUUCCUUGCAGGUGAUGCCUGGAUCUAUUGCAUUAGUAAAAACGAGUGGAUACAAUUUGAGCACAAUUAUUCAGAAAAACCCCGGUAAGCAGUCCCACGCGCAGUAGCAGACACUACGCUGAACCUUCCACAGAACUCGCCUCUCCUGGUCGUUGCUUUGCUUGCACUGAUGGCCCUCUUUGCCUUCUACCUUCAUGGCUGUUCAGAUUUUGGGGAGCCUUUCAGCUCUUGCGUUUUUUGAGCUCAAGUAAGAUUGGCUUUACAAGAGACGCGGAUGGCGCUGUGGGUUAAACCACAGAGCCUAGGACUUGCCGAUCAGAAGGUUUGCGGUUCGAAUCCCCGCGACAGGGUGAGCUCCUGUUGCUCGGUCCCUGCUCCUGCCAACCUAGCAGUUCGAAAGCACGUCAAAGUGCAAGUAGAUAAAUAGGUACCGCUCCGGCGGGAAGGUAAAUGGCGUUUCUGUGCGCUGCUCUGGUUCGCCAGAAGUGGCUUAGUCCUGCUGGCCACAUGACCCGGAAGCUGUACGCCGGCUCCCUCGGCCAGUAAAGCGAGAUGAGCGCCGCAACCCCAGAGUCGGUCACGACUGGACCUAAUGGUCAGGGGUACCUUUAACUAUACCUUAAAAUUGGCUUUAGGGGGUGAAGGGCAGAGAAACCACUCCACCGUCUUGCAUUUGAGAGGGACAAAUUCUGGAUGAGAAUAUUGUCAGACAGCUGCAGCAAUGCUGUCUGCAGCAGAAGUGUAGCGUCCAAAUCAAGGGAAGUCAUAGUGCCCCUCUAUUCCUGGAAUCCUGUGUCCAGUUCUGGGCGCCACAGUUUAAAAAGGAUAUUGACAAGCUGCAGUGUGUGCAGCCUGGAGAAGAUAAAAGGGCCUGGAAGCCUUGUGAGGAACAGUAGACUGAGUUUGGGAUGUUUAGCCUGAAGAGGAGGAGAUUGAGAAGUUGGAUAGCCGUUGGUCAGGGAUUCUUUAGCUGCGAUUCCUGCGCUGCGGGAGAUUGGAUUUGGUGACCCUCUGGGGCCUCUUCGAACUCUACAAUUCUCUGAUUUCCCCUUUGCAUAAUGGGCAGUGUGUCUAGGCCAGACUCUUCAGUUCCAGUAAACUCAGGCCAGUCUCCAUUUGACUGGCCUGCAAGGGGCUUCAAAUGUCAGUCGUUCUCUUGUUUGCAUCCCAGAGAAGCCAAGCGUAGCCACUUAGGUCUGUGCUUUUAUUCUUGCCGCACGUUUGGGCAAAGGGGCCCAUAUUUUUCGUCCGGCAGCCUUCCCACCUCAGGGGUAAGAAACAAAGGAGUGUCUUGUAACAGGCCCUUCCUUAAAAGGGGUGGAGGGUGGAUAAACCCUCUUGUCCAACCGCUGACUUCUCUGGGCCACAAACAAGACAGCUGAAAAGCGACACAAAAUGUUCAAAAACUCACAGAAAUGGAUAAUCGCAACAACAAAAACAGGGGAGAUGAAAGCCGUAUACGGCAGCAGGAUUCCCUUGAGUUGCAGCCAAAGCUUUCUGCUGAAUCUCCCCACUGCUUGACCCCACCUUGGCCCAGUAGACCUGAAGGAGCGUCUCCACCCCCAUCGUUCUGCCCGGACACUGAGGUCCAGCACCGAGGGCCUUUUGGCAGUUCCCUCACUGCGAGAAGCAAAGCUACAGCGAACCAGGCAGAGGGCCUUCUCGGUGGUGGCACCCGCCCUGUGGAACGCCCUCCCACCAGAUGUCAAAGAGAUAAACAGCAGUUCAGGACCUGCUCUCGGACAGGAAUGAUCAAAUUACUUUGAUAGUGGCUAAAUUUUUGAGUGCUGUCCAUGUGGAAAGACUGGGCCAUUAUAGAGAGAUUUCGUGGUUCUUGAUUGGUCGGUGAUGUGGUAGUGUUAGACUGUAUUAUUUAUGCAAAUUGUUAUGUCAAAUUCGUAUUUUCCACAAUCUGUAUACGGUGUUUGUUUUAUAAUGGGUGGUUUGCUAUGCCUAAUAAAGGAUUGAUUGAUAAAACAACUACCAGACAUUUAGAAGACAUCUGAAGGCAGCCCUGUUCAGGGAAGUUUUUAAUGUGUGACAUUUUAAUGUAUUUUUCAUCUUUGUUGGAAGCCGCCCAGAGUGGCUGGAGAAACCUGGCCAGAUGGGCGGGGUACAAAUAAAUCAUCAUCAUCAUCAUUAUUAAUUUGUGUGAUCUUACAGGCUCUGGCACACGGCGUGCGCGAGCGACGAGGGAGAGGUGAUUGUCUUUGGGGGCUGUGCCAACAAUCUGCUUGCCCACCACAAAGCCGUAAGUCCUUGUUGUUGUUCUUCCCAGGGCAGCUGGGCGCCAAGUCACAGCUCCCUUUGUAAAGCCCAAAGGCUGCCUGCUGCGUCAUCGUUUGGGGGCAGAAUUCCUGGCUUCACCCCCCACCUCGGCCCAUUGCAAAGCAGUUCCGCCUGGGUAGAGGCACACCCUCCCACACACCUUUCAGUGCCGUGAUUACCAGACAGUGGAGCAGAAGAAGCUGUGCGCAUGACCAUUAUUUCUGGUUUUGGUCAUGGCAAAACGCUGGCAUUCGGAUUUUCCAGCAAGACCCACCGGAUAAGCUGUUUGACAGUGGGACGGUUUCCCUUGCGAGGUUGUGGACUUUCCUUCCUUGGAGGCUUUUAAGCAGAGGUUGGGUGGCCAUCUGUCAUGGAUGCUUUAGCUGAGAUUCCUGCAUUGCAGGGGGUUGGACUAGAUGACCCUCGGGGUCCCUUCCAAUUCUAUGAAUCUAUGAUGAUGGGUCUCGACUUGCUCUAACAUGGCUGCCAUCUCCUGGGCAGUUCCUCUGACCCCAGUCCAAAUCUGUGCAGAAGUGAGGGCGGGGGGAGAGCAUUUUUCAGCCCAGGGGCCACAUUCCUUUGGGGCAAGUCUUUCGGGGGCCAGGGCCUGGCACACAACUCUCCAUCUGGGCUAGCAAAAGGCAUUACCGUGGGUCAAAGGAAUGCUCUAGCCAGGUGAAACCGCUAGAGGAAGGAGUAGGUGAGGGCCAGUGAGGUACAUCUGAGUGCGCAGCCUCUGUAGAGUCCUGAAGGCCUGUUGUUGUCGUUAAUUAAAUUUCUAUAUGACCCUUCAUCUGAGGAUCACAGGGCGGUUUACACUAUAAAAGCACAACAUUACAAGCCAUCAUAACGAAUAAAAACAGCAUCCCCCUUACACACUCAGUUUAAAAGGCCAUUAAGCUGUUUAAUUAACCCAAUGCCUGAGCAAAGAGGAAUGUGUUUGCCCGGCACCUAAAGAUAUGCAACGAAGGCACCAGUUAAGGAAGCUUGGAGGGCAGGAUUCGAUUCCUGAGCUUCCCCAUUCCUUGCGAAUUCUGCCCUUGUGGUUCUCCCUGGUGACGGAUUUCAAAUAUCCUGAAGUGGAAGACGUUACUCACCCGCUUGGGGGUCUUCCACCCCACCUGCCAUUUUAUCCUCAGAACCACCUGGGGAGUUAGGUUGGGCUGAGAGACUUCAGGGCUGAGCAAGGAUUGGAACCUGUCUCUCUGGUCCAGGGCCAGCAAUGUAGUCUCUACAGCUCCACACGGACCCUUUUGAAUCGGGCUGAAGUCAAAGGUGCUUUUUCAAUCUUGAGAUUUAUACAAGCUGCUCUUUCUUUUUCUUUCAGGCACAUAGUAAUGAGAUUCUUGUCUUUUCUCUUCAACCAAAAUCCCUCGUAAGGUAUAUAUUAAAGUGGGGGAAACCCACUAAUUGCUUGUGCAUUCUUGCAGUUACGGUUGGAUAUGCAACAUGAGAAACUGGGGACUUUCAUAUGGUAUAUGACGGGCUCAAGUCUCUUCCUGAGAAAAAUAGGAGCAGAAUUACUGUAUUUUUCGUUCUAUAAGAUGCACCGGACCACAAGACGCACCUAGUUUUUAGAGGAGGAAAACAAGAAAAAAUAUAUUCUGAAUCUCAGAAGCCAGAACAGCAAGAGGGAUCGCUGUGCAGUGAAAGCAGCGAUCCCUCUUGCUGUUCUGGCUUCUGGGAUAGCUGCGCAGCCUGCAUUCGCUCCAUAAGACGCACACACAUUCCCCUUACUUUUUGGGAGGGGAAAAGUGAGUCUUAUAGAGCAAAAAAUACAGUAUUCUCGGAGUCAGAAAAACAAUUUCUGUUGAGGUUUCCUAUCUAGGAAUGGGUGACCAUAUGUCAACAAGAUUUCGCCCCGUUUGUAAGCUCUGGGAAGUCAGUCAGCAUUUGGCAGGUGCAUUUCAACUUGUCAGUUGGGAUAAGGAUAGCUGCACCUGUUGAAUUUCUGCCUGCCUAAAAAGUAGGUCACCCGAGAAAGGAAGGAAAAGUCUCCCCCCACCCCCAACUGUGCAAGGCCCAUCCAGCCUGGCUCUGCUCUCUUAACAGGUAGUUGCACAGCCUGAAUUAUUACUCGGAAAAGCUGGGAAGCAAAUCUGUUGCUGGGGAGGGUUCUGCUUUUAGAACACAGCCCCUUCUCCAUCUCCCCACAUAGAGCCCUAAGCAGAGAUUCCCAGAAGGCCAGCUGAGACUCAUCGCAAGGUCAGGGGCUGGUCCCUUUUGUAUAAAGGUCACACCCAGCGAGUGAUGGGAAGGGUUUAGCCAAGAGGAUUAACCAAGAGAAAAGCAAGGGAGGGCAGACCCACACUGAUUGUUGGAUAACAGUGGCUCCCAAGGUGGGCACUACGAAGUAGGAGGGUGCUGGAGGUGUUAACGACUAUCAGACUUUGAACAGCUAGUAUCAUUAAAUCAAAUUUGUCGGUUUCAUUGGAUCAGAUUCAAUAGUUUUAAUUGAAUUGUCAAUAAAUGUGCAAUUGCUUGUUAGUUUAGCAUUGUGCCGUGUUAACCUCCCUCGGUGGGUUGUGCAAACAGUGCUUUUUGUAGAGUAAGGGGCGCUGGGGAUGCAUGAAUGGCAACCGAGGGGACGGCAGCCCCCCAAAUUUGGGAGCCACUGCUCUAGGAGAACCCUAGAAAGCCCAGUGGAGAUGUGCCCCAUGUUCUGUUGGCCAUUGGGACUUGGUGGAGGGCAGGAGAGGAGCCUGGUGCAAAUUCUCAGCCCCUUUUUUCUCCCCUCUCUUUUUCCCGUCCCACAGGCUGUGCCUGGAAGCCAUCAUGUGCUUCAAGGAGAUCCUGGCCAGCUCCUGGCACUGCCUCCCCAAACACCUCCUCCACAGCCUCAACCAGCGCUUUGGGAGUAACAACACGUCUGGCUCCUAGGAGGACGGCAGCGAAGACGUCUGGCCGCGCUGCGCAUGAACGAGCCCUUCUUAUAUAAAGAGAUGUAAUAAUUUGAACCAUCCCGGUUUGGCAAAGUGUGUGUGACAUUUGUAUAGGUUAAUUCCCCCCCCCCCCCGAAACUCUGCGUUGUAGGUAACGGCUUCUCUGCUUUCACCUUUCUUUUCUGUUUGCAUGUGAAUGGCUUAGAGAGAGAACCUAUUUUUGUGUAAAAAUUUGUUUGCAAUAAAUGUAUUUAAUGCAAGGC